ACUAUAUAUGUCCCCAACGAGCCCAAGAAGUAUACUAUAUGUGCCCUUAGCCCACAUAAACCAAUUUCAUAGGCCCAGAUAAAACAACCCAUCAUCUCUUACCUCUAGUAUCACCUGCAAAUUCACAACCCAAAACAAAACAGAAAACCCUAGUCUCACAACAUACGAAUCCUCAACCGUCAAUCCGUCAUCUUGUCGUUCCGGCUUGCAGCUAUCAUCACCAAAACGCCGUCGGUGAGUCUCCGGCGAAUCUCGGCUCUGUGUUUCGGCGUUUUUCGUGGCCAGAUUGCUUUCCAAAUCUUGGUUUCAUUCAACUUAAGUCAAUGAAAAUGGAUAAGAGAAAGCAAGGAAACAAAAAGGAGGAAACUUCAACAUACAUGGAUUUGAAAUCCACCAGGAUGGAACUGAAAUCAAUAAUGAAAGAUAUCGAGUAUAUGGGCCCCUCUCAUAUGACAUGGAAAGAGAAAAAGGCUUUGGAAAACAAGAAAGUAGUUUCGCUCGGUGGAAAGCCUCCGAAGAAGCAGAGGUUGCCUUUAAGCGUAGCGCGAGCGGUGAUGAAAAAUCAGAAAGAAAGGGAUCAAAAGGCGUUACAAGAGAAUCUUUUACUUGGACGAGUUGGAGGGAAGCGUGGAAACCGUAGCAAACGGGAAUCUGCCUCGCACAAACCUGAGGAUAGAGUACUGAUGUCAACAGCUGGCCAUUUUAGAAAUGGUGUACUCGAUGUUAAAGAUUUGUUGAAAUCUAACGCGUCUUCUAGUGACCGUGGUGGCUCCAGAAGUCAUGGGUUUGGUGGUGGUUCAGGUGAUCACGGGUUUGGUGGUGGUUCUGGUGGUCAUGGGUUUGGUAAAGGCGGCAAGAAGAAGGGUGGCAAAAAGAACAAUGGAAAGAAAGGUGGUCGUCGGAAACGCCAUUAGAUUAUAAAAUAUAUGGAUAGUAAUUCUUUGGAAUCUGAAGGGUUCGCGAGUUUUGAAAUGAGGAUCAAAUGGAAAUGUUCUAUUUUUAGAAUUAGAGCUCUUGAUUUUGAUUUUGAUACAUUUGAUCAUUUAUAAGUUUAUAACUUGCGUGUAUGAUUUUCGUGUUUCUAACAUACAAUUUAUCUGUAAAAAUCUGGGAGAAAACAUUGUACUCGUUCACAAGGAUUGUUCAUUUGUUUGGUCA